AUGGGUUCCCACUUUCCGCUGGAGAUAUUGUUCCAAAUUGCGGAGUUUAUCGAACCCUGCAAAAGAACCCCAUUCACUCCAUACACUCUGGUCUGCCGGCGAUGGCAGGCUGCUUUUGAGUCUCUGAUCUACAAACGACUCAAUGUUUGUAGCGACGGCUUCGGGGUUGCGAGCGGUACUCUUUCGUUAUCCCAAUUCCAAUCCAUGACCUCUGGGGCUGCGAGCCGUAUCUCACGCCGCUAUAUGGUCCAGAGCAUUUCGUACUGGGUCGCCGUACCAUAUAAGCUAAUGGAUUACCGCAGCAUUGUACCGGCAGAUGGUUUGGAACACUAUAAGGAAGAUAACACUGUUAGAAAUUCCAACGAUGAGGCAUUCAAGAAUGGAAUGGCCGACCUUUUUAACACAUUAGCAUCUUGGAGCGGCGACCAUCAGUUCUCUCUCAGUCUCAGGGUAAUGGGCUGCAAGAAAACGCUUGAACCUGGCACGAGGGACAUCCUUUCUGCCGACGAAGACGGUAGAAUUAAAGAUGGAGAUACGGUUGUUCAACCAUAUCGGGCCCGGUUCCCGGAUGGCAAAUGCGAGCUGCGCGAUGUCACUUGUAUCAGAGAACUCAUUUUCUCCAGUGGUCAUUGGAUCUGGGUUGGUGCAGCUAUGCAUAUUGCGCGAUGCUGUACGCGGCUGGAUGGGCUGUUCUGGGACACAUAUGAGUUUGUUAAACGAGAUAAUCUGCAUUAUAUGCAGGCAAGAAGACAGGCUUUCGCAGAUAGCUUGCCUCACCUACCAGGCACUUUAAAAAGGUUAGAAUAUACCAAUGCCGCAGAGGGGCCGUAUCGUGCCUCUCGGCCAAGUCUUGCUUCUGAAGGAGUUGAUUUGCUCUCUCUGAAUCUCCAAUGGAUGAGCACCCGUCUCGAAGAGCUGAGACUAUCUGGAGUAUUUGUCUCUCCAGAAUUUCUCUGGCCCUUGGACGAGCAAGCAAAGCCGAUUCGAACUCAUAUAGAAUGGCCCAACUUGAGAGUACUCGUGGUCAAGCAAGGUCAAAGAUUCAUCCUGUCAGAUACUCCGGAGUUUGAGCUCAUGUACUUGGCAUUUGGGCGACGCGAGAUCCUAAACAUGCGCGACAUACCCUCGUAUAAACCGUCUAAUAAAUUCUCAGAAACCGGCGCCGAACUAUGCCACCGCACCAUGAUUUCCAUGGGCUGCGCAGUCCAUCAUAUGCCCCGGUUACAGACCAUCAAUUACGACUUUCCGGUGAAUAUAUUUGCAUCAUUUAGGCUGGCGAGGGACCAUGAAGCCUGUUCUUUUCAGGCAGCGUGGAUGUUCGAUGAUGAAGGUUGUAAACCUGACCACCGGGUUGCUUCAGCGUCGGGGUUUUCGUUGAGGGCUUUGAAAACAACCCUCGCCCCGGGGUUUGGAACGGGUCUGAGAAUGCUCUACGAAGUAGAUUAUCGCAUGUAG